AUGUAUCGCCAGGAUUCCUGUACAACACAAUGCCGAAGAACUGCCCAGAAAAUCCUGAAACAUUCAACGAUAUCUUCGAGGACAUUAAACUGAAAAUAAUGCCAGGAGAUUCUCCACCUGCCAGCCAAGGAGGAGGUACUGUCACAGAGUCUGGGUCAGACGCGAUUCUAUGUGCAGUUCUAGCAGCGAGACAAUGGAAAAUCAACCAGGUCAUAGAAGAACAGCAACGCAAGGGAGGGUCGAAGUUUGACACCGUCCACGACAUAGGGAAACGACUAGUGGUUUACAGCAGUAAAGAUGCUCAUUCCUGCAUCGAAAAAGCGUGCAAAUUGGCAAUGUUGAGAUGUCGACCGAUCCAACCUCUAGAAGAAAAUCAAUGGGGAAUCACUGGCGAACAAAUAGAGGCGGAGAUCAAGAAAGAUCUCGAGAAAGGCUUGAUACCAUGCUUCAUCAACUGCACGCUUGGGACGUCAUCAACAGCCUCCUGCGACAAACUGACAUCCAUCUGUCCCGUUUCUAAGAAGUACGACACUUGGCUCCAUGUCGAUGCAGCGUAUGCUGGAAGUACCUUCAUCGAUACAAAAUUCCGUGAAGUAGCGGAAGGAAUAGAGAGCGCACAUACAAUCAACGUAAAUUUGAGCAAGUUUCUGCUUCACUCUGCAACACUGUCCAUAAUCUGGACAAGAGAGCAGAAGAUUUAUAAGGAUGCAUUCUCCAUCACUCCGAUGUACCUCAAACCUUCACACGAUAUGUGACAUGGCCAGCUACUUUGAAUCGUUGAUCGAUCAACAUCCUAACCUGCAAAUCUUUACUACAAGGAACUUUGGUUUAUUCACGUUCCAAUACAGUGUUAGUACCAAAUUUCAAGUAACUUCUGCAUUUAUUCUUGGACUUUUCAAUAUUAUGCAGUAUCCUACUUUGAACUAG